AGAAGGAGAGAGAGAGAGAGAGAGUGUGUGGGGACGCAGAGAUCCGCGAGCAGGACUGUUUGGAAAUGAAGGAAUUAUAAAGAGGAAGGACGCACGCCAGCAGGUCAAAGUUUCUUUUGCAGAAGUGGCUUUUUUCCUGUUUCUGCGGACAUCAGAUUGACGCCUUGAUGGAAUGACACUUGGAGAGAGGAUGAUGGACACUUUGGCACCGGAGCUGCUGCUCAGAAAUCCUCCCGUUUCCACUUGGCGCGGUGCUGACCGAGCCCUCAGGACGGUGAUCAGUCAUUUGUUUUGAAGUGGCAGGAAAAUCCUCCUCUUGAUCGUUUUCUCUCCUCUCCCCCCCCUUUCUUUCUUUCUUUCUUUCUUUCUUUCGGUCGCCUAAACAAGAGUGAGAGAUGAUGGUGCGCACAGCGAUUCCUCAGAGACUGACGUGCGUACUCAUCACAUUCCCUUUAAGGAGCGCAUCUUAAAGAGCUUCUUCUCUUCAUUCAUGUUCAUUCUGCUGCUCUGAACUUGUUGAACGGCGUUAAAGAGCAGAGCAGGGCGGGGACAGGGAGUAAACCCUGCGAGAAAUCACCAGAUCGCCACGCAGGAAGAGGACCAUGAUUGACAGCCAGGCGAGCUGAGGAGACCUGUCACUCAUCUUCCUAUCAGCGUGUCAGAGGGCUAUCUCCUUCUCGCCUUCCCCCCUCUUCCUCCUCCUUCUCCUCCACCACCACCGUCCUCCUCCCUCCCUCAGUCCUCUCCUCUUAUCUUCUCAAUGGGCUGGCAACCUCACCAUCCCUUCUAGUUAUCCAGCACUGCAGAAACCUGACAGAGACAGAAAUAGUAAAGAAAAACAACAGCCCUUCUAAACCGCUCGCUCCACCUGAGGGAAGUUUGGCAUGCCUCCUCACUCCAGUUGAGUGAGUUGUAGUAGAAGGAUCCCUUGUUAGUACACCUUCAGAAGGAGAUACAGCUCCUCGAGGAGGACCAGUCAUGCGUUUCCAGUUUGCGUUGACGCUGCAGGCGCUGUGGACCGGGCUGUGCCAGGCGGCCAUGCAGCACUACCCUGCAGCGUGGGGCCACUACGAUGUGUGCAAGUCCCAGAUUUACUCAGACGAAGGCUUAACCUGGGACUACAUGGCCUGCCAGCCAGAAGCAGCAGACAUGACCCAGUACCUGAAAGUUACUCUGGACCCCCCCAACAUCACCUGUGGAGACCCUCCGGAGACCUACUGUGCCCUGGAGAACCCCUACAUGUGUAAUAAUGAAUGUGACGCCACCACAGAGGAGCUCGCCCACCCUCCGGAGCUCAUGUUUGACAUUGAGGGCCGCAACCCCACAACCUUCUGGCAGUCCACGUCUUGGAAGAAGUACCCAAAAGCCCUCCUGGUCAACAUCACGCUCUCUUGGAACAAGACCAUCGAGCUGACCGAUGACAUCGUCCUCACCUUCGAGUCCGGCCGGCCCGAGCAGAUGGUCCUAGAGAAGUCUUUGGAUUAUGGACGAAGCUGGCAGCCGUACCAGUUCUACGCCACCGACUGCCUGGACGCCUUCACCAUGGAGCCCAAGACGGUGCAGGACCUGACUCAGCAUACCCUGCUGGACAUCAUCUGCACUGAGGACUACUCACGAGGUUAUGUGUGGAAGUAUGACAAAACAGUGCGAUUUGAGAUCAAAGACCGGUUUGCGCUGUUUGCUGGGCCCCGCCUCCACAACAUGGCCUCUCUUUAUGGCCAGCUGGACACGACCAAGAACCUGCGGGACUUCUUCACCAUCACAGACCUGAGAGUCCGUCUGCUUCGGCCGGCGACGGGAGCUACCAUGGUGGACGAGAACAACCUGUCCAGAUACUUCUAUGCCAUUUCGGACAUCAAAGUCCAGGGCAGGUGCAAGUGCAACCUUCACGCCAACAGCUGUGUUUAUGACAAAGAGAAGCUGAGCUGUGAGUGUGAACACAACACCACUGGGCCCGACUGUGGCCGCUGCAAGAAGAACUACCAGGGGCGCACGUGGAGCGCUGGUUCUUACCUGCCCAUCCCCAAGGGCACCGCUAAUAUCUGUAUUCCAAAUAACAUUGGUCCAGUUAACUGUGAAUGCUUCGGCCACUCCAACCGAUGCAGCUACAUCGAGCUGCUAAACACCGUCAUUUGCGUGAGCUGUAAGCACAACACUAGGGGCCAGCACUGCCAGCUAUGCAAGCUGGGCUACUACCGCAAUACCUCUGCAGAACUGGAUGAUGAAAAUGUUUGCAUAGAGUGUAAUUGUAAUCCCUCUGGCUCAGUCAGUGUUCGCUGUAAUGGCACAGGAUUUUGUAUAUGUAAGGAGGGCACUACAGGGCCUAAGUGUCAGCAGUGUCUACCUGGAUAUUUGUGGGACGAUGGCUGCAAAUCCCGGGUGUGUGACAACGAGCUCCUGCGCUGCCAAAAUGGCGGAGUUUGCAUCAACAACGUGCGCUGCAGCUGUCCCUCAGACUACUCAGGCCUGCUGUGUGAGAAGUCCCGCUGCGAGGCGGAGCUGGGCGGCUGCGGGGGCCCAGAUUCAGGCCAGGGCCCCCUGACGCCUCCAUCGGCCCCCAGGCUGCUGCUGCUGCUGCUGCUGGGCUCCACGCUGCUGAGAGAGGCGUCCUGCUGGCCCGCCGUGCUCUAAAGACACCCGGGACCUGGUGGGAGUGAUCAACUCCCCGCCUGGCCGCCUCCACCUUAACCCCCCCCAUCCCCCUUCUCUCAAAUAAUCAACACCCAUAAAACAAGAACCACCAUGAGCUUUCUGGACCGUUCUGUACUGAGCUUCUCCGCCGCCAGACUCAAUGGACACUCUCAUAGCGCUGACGAUAAAGGGAAUGUGCCAGACAAAGACAAAUGAGUGCAAAAACUUUUCAUUUAAUUUCAAAGAAUAUAUAGAAAUGAAAAAAAAAACAUAUACUUCUAAAAAUGCCAGAUAUUAUAAAAUAAAAGAGCCUAAUAAUAAGAGUAAAAAAACGUGCAAAGAGACAAUGAGACCCCCUCCCCCUCCCUUCUAAGCCAUACAGGUACCUGAGCUCCUUCCAGUUUGAGAAGGGAUAACUGAAGAUGACAGACUCGUUUCACUUCCUCUCUUAUUGCCACGGCAACAACAGCUGCGACCAAUCAGCUCUCAGAACGAGCCGGCUAGUGGCCGCCGAUCCCCCCCCCCCCCCCUCGCGGGACGCUUCUGCGAGUUAAUGUUGGCUGGACUGACGCCGAAGAGAUGUGAAAGAAAAGAAAACGUUUCCCCGCUGACUGACUGGUUACCGUUAUACUUCAACACUACGAGGAGGAAACACAGGAAGCAUUCUUUGCUGUCAGUGCAUUGUGGAUAGAAGGAAAUCUGUCCGGACUGCCACUUUGUGACACAAAACCUCGCCCACGUCGACCCCUCUCUAGCUUUCUGUCUCUCCUUGGAGCUCCUCAUCCUCCCUCCUGUUCAUCCUCCUCUUCCUCCUCCUCCUCCUCCUCCUCGCCAUGCUGCCACAGACCUGUGCUUUCGUGAACGUUACUCUGUAAACCCUUGUUGGUUGAAAGAUUCUUUUGUCCGAUGUUAGUGAUGCACAUGUGUAAGAAGCCCCUUCUCCUUCUCCUUUCCCUCCUCCUCCUCCUCCUUUCCUCUCCUCUCCUGCAAAAAGAUACUCCAAUAAAAGCUGUCUGAUUCUUUUCUAUCUUAGAGCGCCACGCUCCCUUCGAUCAUGGUCCGAGGAUAGUUUUCACCCGAGCAGACGAGAAGUGCAUAGAAAACCAUCGGUGUAUUUGCAAGUUCUUUUCUCGACAGAGCAAACAAACAAAAAAAGAGUCAUGUAGUCCUUUUGUAUCUUUGCCGAACUGUGAUGGAAAAAAGGCAACCUUUAAUGUAUCUAUUUAAAACAUCCAAAUGCAGAAGCAAUUGUUUAUGGUUUUUUUAUUUUCUUUUGAUUUCCAUUUCUUUCAUUCACUUCUUUUAUUUGUUGAUAAUACUUUUAGUUGUGCAGUUGAUUUUCCUUUGUAUUGGCAACGUGCUGGCAUCAAAGAAUAUCAGUUUACAUAUACAGUAUUAAUAAAGUGUAAUAAAAUCCCACCAAAGGACAUUAUAAAUGUUUUGUUCUUGCUUUAACACUUGAGAAUUUAAGUGAAUAAAAGUUUAAAAAUGAAACCGUGUUGAUCAUUU